GGCAUGACCGAUGCGUACAAUCAGUGUUACCCAAAGCAAAUAAAAAUACAAUUAGCAUGAAACAAAACAAAAAAAUACAAAUUAAAUAAAUUGUACAGACAUUUACAACAAAGUCAUAUCAUAAACUGAUCUCUACCCCCCCUGCCUCCCCACCUGCACUGUAGUUUCCAGCCGCCUCACCCGGGGAGCUCAGGUGUCAGGGAAAAAAAAAGGAACGUGUCCGAUCCACGGAGCUCCAUGGCCGCGUUUUACGUGUUUCAAAGAUUCCACAGGCAACAGUGGGGAAACAGUCUCGGGAGUGGGAGAGGGGGGGGAGUGCGUGUAAUUAGGAUUUCCACCUAUCCCCCACGUAAACAAGUCGCACACCGUUUCCCGUCCAUUUUGGACGCGAUUCGACAGCCUCCCCCCCUCCCAGACUUAACUCGCUCAGCCGGCGAGUCACGGCGCCGCUCCUUCCUCUCCACGGCAUUGACGUGCCGCGUUACAUCACUGGCCUUGGAGUGAAUCAUCGCUGGAGCCGGGAUGCUGCGCACAUAGCUGUACCAUCACAGCGAUUUGAAAAGACGAGGUUUCUCGGAAAUCCUUGAGUUCUGCAUGAUGGAGGAAAUAUUGCGGAAACUACAGAAGGACGCCUCGGGAAAUAAGCACAAGGCGAUCAGAGACGCCUGCGCUCUAGCCUGCGAAACGCUUGAAGCUCAUAAUGGAUCGGUCAAAGUUCAGCCAUCUCAGCUAAGAGAGCGAUGCCUGCUCCCUCUCAGGCUGGCCCUGGAGUCGAGGAAUGUCAGGCUGGCCCAGAGCGCCCUCGCAGGAAUGCAGAAGAUUCUGAGUGAGGAGAGGUUUGUCUCCAUGGAGACGGAGGCCGCGGAGAAGCAGCUGUUGGCUCAGACGCUGGACGCUGUGAGAGUGACGCCCUUCCUCCAUGAGGACCUGCAGGUGGAAGUCAUGAAGGUCCUGCUGUGCAUAACAUAUUCCUCUACCUUUGAGAUCAAUGGGGACUCCAUACUGAGAAUCGCAGAGGUGUGCAUCGAGACGUACAAGGCCAGCUGCCACCAGCGCAGCAUCAACACGGCCGUGCGCGCCACCCUCAGCCAGAUGCUGAGCGACCUGACCCUGCAGCUGCGGCAGAGGCAGGACUCUCCGGCGUCAGAGGGUGAGGAAGAGCUGAUGCCAUUCUCUCAGCACAGAGACAUUUCCCCUACGACAGAGUCUCUGUGUGAAGACGUUGUGACCGUCCUCACUGUCUUCUGCGAGAAGCUGCAAGGAAUCAUUAAUGAGAACCAGCAGCUGCAGCUCCUCUACCUGGAGUGCAUCCUCUCCAUGCUGAGCAGCUGUCCCCUGAGCAUGCACGUCCACAGGGGCUUCACUGACCUGGUGUGGAAGCAGCUCUGCCCAGCGCUGAUUGUGAUCCUGGGGAACCCCAUGAACGACAAGACCAUCACGUCGGCCCACGGCGGGGUCACCCAGGAGACGGACCCCCCGUCGGCGGGGGUCUCCGACCAGGGGCGGGGCUCGGGCUGCUCCUCCAGCCCGCCGGCCCUGAUUGGCCCCGUGGCGCGGACCAUCUACUACAUGGGGGCGGAGCUGGUGCGCCUGGUGGGCUGCGUGGAGUCCAUGAAGCCGGUGCUGCAGUCGCUGUACCACCGCAUCCUGCUGUACCCCCCGCCGCAGCACCGAGUGGAGGCCAUCCGGAUCAUGAAGGAGAUUCUGGGCAGCUCACAGCGCCUCUUUGACCUAGCAGGACCGCCCGUCUCGGAGUCAGAAUCCCGGAAGCGGUCCUUUUCCAAGAGGAAAUCUCACCUGGACCUCCUGAAGCUGGUGAUGGAUGGGAUGACGGAGGCCUGCGUGAAGGGCGGCAUCGAGGCCUGCUUCUCGGCGGUGUCCUGCGUCUGCGCCCUGCUGGGGGCGCUGGAGCAGCUCAGCCAGGGCCGGGGGCUGCGUCCCGAGCAGGCCCGGCUGCUGCUGCAGCGUCUGGACGAGCUGAAGGAGGGGCCGGAGUCGGCGCGCGAGUCCGUGGAGAUCAACGAGGCCGACUUCCGCUGGCAGCGGCGGGUGCUGUCCUCCGAGCACACGCCCUGGGAGCCCGGCAGCGAGCGCAGCCCCGACAUCAGCAUCAGCGUCACCACGGACACCGGCCAGACCACGCUGGAGGGGGACCUGGGCCAGACCACCCCCGAGGAGAGCGCCGACGAGCCCCGGCUGCCGUCCCCCACCGGCGGCGGCGAGCAGCCGGACGUCAUCCAGCGCAGCCACGCCCUGGCCUACCCCGACAUCACCAACUUCCUGUCGGUGGAGUGCCGGACCCGGUCGCAUGGCUCCCGCUACAGUGAGAGCAACUUCAGCGUGGACGAGCAGGACCUGUCCAGGACCGAGUUCGACUCCUGCGACCAGUACUCCAUGGCGGCCGAGAAGGACUCGGGGCGCUCCGACGUGUCCGACAUGGGCUCCGACAACUGCUCCCUGGCCGAUGAGGAGCAGACGCCCAAGGACUGCCCGGGCCACCGCUCCCUCCGCACGGCGGCCCUGUCCUUGAAACUGCUCAAGAACCAGGAGGCGGACCAGCAGAGCGCCAGGCUCUUCGUGCAGUCGCUGGCCGGCCUGCUGCCCCGCCUGCUGGGGCUGCAGACCACCGAGGAGGUGGACCUGUCCCUGCAGAACUUCUCCUCCACCUUCUGCUCUGGCCUGCAGGCGGGUGGGAUUCACUCUCCCGGGUUCGAAGGCAGUGGGAAUCUGAGCUGUCAGGCCCUAAUGAACGCAGAUGGUCUGUACCUGGUGUCUUACUAUGCUCUGCUGCUCAACCUCAAGCUCUGCUGCUGUGACUACUACAGGAGGAAGCCGGCUCCGGUGUUUGUCAGCCUGAAGGAGUUUGUGCGGCAGAUCCAGAGCAGCGGGGUGCUGGUGGUCCUGUCCCAAGCCUGGAUCGAGGAGCUGUACUGCCAGGUCCUGGACAGGAACCUGCUGGGGGAGGCGGGCUACUGGGGCACGCCGGAGGAGCACUCCCUCCCCCUCAUCACCAUGCUGACAGACAUGGACGGCCUGGGCAGCAGCGCUGUGGGCGGCCAGCUGAUCCGCAAGGCCUCCCUGCAGUCGCCCCUCUCCUGCGACAGGAGCACAGACAACACCGUCCUGGCAGGUGUGGUCUUCGCACGCUACAUCCUGAUUGGCUGCUGGAAGAACCUGAUUGACACCCUGUCCACCCCCCUCACGGGCCGCAUGGCUGGCAGCUCCAAGGGCCUGGCCUUCAUCCUGGGUGCCGAGGGGGUGAAGGAGCAGAACCAGAAGGAGAGGGACACCAUCUGCCUGAGUCUGGAUGGCCUGAGGAAGGCAGCGGGACUCAGCUGUGCCCUAGGAGUGGCUGCAAACUGUGCCUCCGCUCUGGCCCAGAUGGCAGCCGCCUCCUGCGUCCAGGAGGAGAAGGAGGAGCGGGAGGUUCCCGAAUCCGGAGACACAAUAGCACAAGUGAAGCAGAAGGUGGAGCAGAAGCUGGAGCAGAUGGGACGGGCGCCAGGGAUCCGGCUGCACACGGCUCACGUCCUCUGCAUGGACGCCAUCCUCAACGUGGGGCUGGAGAUGGGCAGCCACAACCCGGACUGCUGGCCUCACGUCUUCAGAGUGUGUGAGUACGUGAGCUCCCUGGAGCACAGCCACUUCAGCGACGGCGCCUGCCAGCCGCCCCUGGCCAUCACGCAGGCCCAGCAGGCCGUGGACCUGGGCCUGGAGCUCGGCGCAGACCACAGCCCCGAGCAGGAGCUCCCCCUGGGCCACCCCGUCAUCCAGCCCCCCUCCAUCCAGGAGCUGCUGAAGGAGAACAGCAGGGGCAAGGUGUUCGAGCUGAGGGGGGGCAGCCUGCUGAGCGGGCCCAGCGCUGCCAAGGCCGUGUGCACCCUCUCCACCCAGGCAGACAGGUUGUUUGAAGAUGCUGCAAACAAGCUUAACCUCGUGGCUCUGGUGGGGUUUCUUCAUCAGCUGAGAAAGGCCUCCCAGUCGCAGCUCUUCAAAUCGGCCACAGAGACAGGGGACUACUCCUUAGCCAUGCCUGGGGAGGCCAAGUCCACUCAGGACCGCCGGAGCGCGCUGCACCUGUUCCGCCUGGGGGAGGCGAUGCUGAGGAUCGUCAGGAACAAGACGCGCCCCCUGCUGCACAUGAUGAGGGCCUGGAGCGUGGUGGCGCCACACCUGGUGGAGGCCGCGUGCCACAAGGAGAGGCACGCCUCUCAGAAGGCGGUCUCCUUCAUCCACGACGUGCUCACGGAGGUGCUGACCACCUGGGCCGAGCUGCCCCACUUCCACUUCAACGAGGCCCUGUUCCGGCCCUUUGAGCACAUCAUGCAGCUGGAGCUGUGCGACGAGGACGUGCAGGACCAGGUGAUCACAUCCAUAGGCGAGCUGGUGGAAGUGUGCUCCCCCCAGAUCCAGUCGGGGUGGCGGCCCCUCUUCAGCGCGCUGAGGACUGUGCACGGGAGCAAGACGGACAUCAAGGACUACCUGGUGGGAGAGUACUCCAUGGGAAAAUGCCAGGCUCCAGUGUUCGAUGUCUUUGAAGCUUUCAUCAACACAGACAACAUUCAGGUGUUCGCCAACGCUGCUACGGAUUAUAUCAUGUGCCUUAUGAAGUUCGUCAAAGGUUUAGGAGAAGUGGACUAUAAGGAGAUUGGAGACUGUGUCCAGGCCUCAGGGUACAGCUCCACCGACCUGUGCCUUCCGGCGCUGGAUUACUUACGGAAGUGCUCCCAGCUGCUGGCCAAGAUCUACAAGAUGCCUUCUAAGCCGGUGUUCCUGGGCGCCCGGCUGGCCAGCCUACCUACGAGGGCGCAGGAGAGAUGCGCCGGCAGCGACGACGGCAUGGACUCCAUCCUCGCGGAGUUCGACGACGAAACAGGGCUGAUCCAGGUCUGGAUCCUCCUGCUGGAGCAGCUGACGGCCACGGUGUCCCACUGCCCGCGCCAGCACCAGCCGCCCACCCUGGAGCUGCUCUUCGAGCUCCUCAGGGAGGUGACCAAGAUCCCAGGACCAGGGUUCGCCAUAUUCUCAGUUAUCCAGCUGCUCCUACCUGUGAUGUCACUCUGGCUGCAGCGUAGCCACGGCGACCAUUCCUACUGGGAUGUGGCUGCCUCCAACUUCAAGCAUGCUAUUGGCUUGUCCUGCGAGCUGGUGGUGGAGCACAUUCACAGCUUCAUCCACUCUGAUAUCGGCUAUGAAAGCACGAUCAAUCUGAUGCUGAAGGACCUCUUCAAGCUCUUGGUGGCCUGUGUGGCUGAGCCAGCAGAGACCAUCUCCAGAGUGGGCUGCUCCUGCAUCAGGUAUGUCCUGGUGACUGCUGGCCCGGUCUUCACCGAGGAGAUGUGGAGGCUGGCCUGCUGCGCACUGCAAGAUGCCUUUUCAGCUACCCUGGAGCCCGUCAAGAACCUGCUGGCCUGUUUCCUCAGCGGCUCAGACAGCUUCACAGGGGACGCCUGCGAGGUCAAGGUGGCGGCUCCAUCCCACUCUGCCUCCGCAGAGGCCGAGUACUGGAGAAUACGAGCCAUGGCUCAGCAGGUAGACACCGGGGCUGUGUUCAGACACUCAGUACUGGAGGAUACAGGCCAGGGCUCAGCAGGUAGAUCAGUGCCCUUAUGCCCGGUCCUGCUGCUCCAGGCCAACACCAACAUCUGGAGGCUGAGUGGAAUCACACCACCCCUUUGA